UGAAACUCGGGGAGCUAUGGUCAAAACUCACCCUGGGGGAGGAGGUUAGGGCAAGGCCGAUUUCGCAAUCUUCGACCGACGGAACGCUCGGAUGAGCCUUUAGCCUGACCAUGACCGGCGAUACCUCGUAUUCUGCGGACAAGAGCUUGUCGCCGGGUCAAAACCUCGACAUCACGAUAGAGGAAGGAUCUCCAAACAGUGAGCAAUUGCUUGAUGUUGAGGAUGAGUGCAAUGACUUUGAAAAUGACUGUGAGCAACUAUUUGAGAUUGAUGGAGAUGAUCAUGAAAAUGGGAGAGAUGAAACGGAGAUUGUUGAUUUUCAUAAUGGGGAAUCUCAAGUAAAAGAAUGCCCUCCACCUGUAGUAGGGAUGGAGUUUGAAACAUAUGAUGAUGCCUAUAAUUAUUACAAUAGCUAUGCCAAGGAACUUGGGUUUGCUAUUAGGGUUAAAUCAUCAUGGACCAAACGUAACAGCAAAGAGAAACGUGGUGCUGUGCUCUGCUGCAAUUGUGAGGGUUUCAAAACAGUUAAGGAAGCAAACAGUCGUAGGAAAGAAACAAGAACAGGUUGUCUAGCAAUGAUUCGAUUGAGAUUAGUGGAAUCUAAUAGGUGGAGAGUGGAUGAAGUCAAGCUUGAGCAUAACCAUUCAUUUGAUCCUGAGAGAGCACAAAACUCUAAGUCACAUAAAAGGAUGGAAAGUGGGGCCAAAAGAAAGAUUGAGCCAACUUUAGACGUUGAAGUUAGGACAAUCAAGUUAUAUCGAACACCUGUCAUGGAUUCAUCAGGUUAUAGAUGCUCAAAUGCUAAUGAAGAAGGAACUAGUGACCACGCUAAUUUUUCCAGGCAUUUAAAACUUAGAAAAGGGGACGCAGAAGUUAUUGCAAACUACUUCUGCCACAAACAACUGAUGAAUCCUAAUUUUUUCUAUGUGAUGGACCUGACUGAUGAUGGACGCAUGAGGAACAUCUUUUGGAUUGAUUCAAGAUCGAGGGCUGCAUAUGGUUACUUUGGUGACGUGGUUGCAUUUGACUCAACAUGUCUGUCAAACAAUCAUGAAAUUCCACUGGUUGCAUUUGUUGGUGUCAAUCACCAUGGGCACUCUAUUUUAUUUGGAUGUGGUCUGCUUGCCGAUGAGUCAUUUGAAACAUACAUUUGGUUAUUUAGGGCAUGGCUUACAUGUAUGUCCGGUCGCCCUCCACAGACUAUCAUUACAAAUCAGUGUAAAACCAUGCAAAGUGCAAUAACUGAGGUUUUCCCAAGAGCCCAUCAUAGAAUUUGUCUUUCACAAGUCAUGCAGAGUAUCCUGGGGGACUUGGCACUGUCGCAAGGAUAUGAUGCACUUCAGAUGGCGUUGACUAAAGUGAUAUAUGAAUCUAAAACAGUUGAUGAAUUUGAGAGGGCUUGGGAGGAUUGGACUCAACACUUCGGAAUAAGCAAUCAUGAAAAGCUCCAAGCCCUACAUGAAGAACGGGAGCGUUGGGCCCCUGUUUAUUCCAAGGACACUUUUUUUGCUGGAAUUUCUGAUUACGUUAAUGACGAGGCCAUGAGUUCUUUUUUCUAUGGUCAUGUGCAUCAGCAAACUUCUUUGAAAGAAUUUUUUGACAUUUUGGAAUCAGUUUUACAAGAGAAGCAUAAAAAAGAAGCUCUUGCUGAUUUAGAGUCAAGAGAUUCAACACCAUUACUGAAAACAAGAUCUUACUAUGAGUUGCAGUUCUCUAAAUUGUACACAAAUGCAGUAUUCAGUAAGUUCCAAGAUGAAGUGGUGAUGAUGUCUUCUUGUCUCAGCAUCACAGAAUUUCAAACAAGCGGGUCUAUAGUGACGUACAUAGUUAAAGAAUGCAUAGAGGAAGAACCAGUGAGGGAUGUCAGCCAAUUUGAAGUCAUAUAUGAUAAAGCCAUAGCAGAAGUUCCCUGUGGCUGUAACUGCUUUAACUUUAAAGGCUAUCUAUGCCGGCAUGCCUUGUGUAUCCUUAGUUACAAUGGCGUGGAGGAAAUUCCAUGCCAGUAUAUUUUGUCAAGAUGGAGGAAGGAUUAUAAGAGAUUGUAUGUACCAAAUCUCAGCCCCAAUAAUGUUGAUAUCACCAACCCUGUUCAGUGUUAUGAUCAUCUGUACAGACGGGCUAUGCAACUUGUUGAAGAAGGAAUGGUAUCCCAAGAUCAUUAUAUGGUUGCUUGGCAGGCAUUUAAAGAGUCUUUGAACAAGGUUCGCCUUGCAGCAGCCGACAAGAUUGAAUAAAUAGAUCAAGAGUGCAUGUAGUUUGUGCCUGUAGAAUUUCUUUUAUUCAUUUUUUCUAGGCAGCCAUUACACCCGCGGUUGGUUCUUUGGGUGAUGUUCAUAGCUUUUGGCCGUGGCUGUUCAUAGAUAGUUGUAAAUUCAACCAACUCUACCCGAAAGGUAAGUUUUUCCUUCAAAUGUUGGAUUUGGUUGGGCUAACAUUC